AGCAUUUGAAUUCGACUGCGUGAACGAACUAACGGUCUCUUUAAAUCUCUGCAAGGUGUUUGUCAUUUAAAUCAUUCCUGUUGCUUGUGUUGCACAUAUCUCGCUCCCAGAGAAUCACAGAAGUUAGUCGACGUAUAUUCAGGAUAUACUGCGAGCAAUUCAGUUAAGGAGCGACUCGUACAUAAUCAGAGCCGGUCUCUUGUCUACACUCAUGUCGCACCUAAGAUUUAUGAAAGAGCUUAACAAUUUAACUCGUAUGGAUGACUCUAUCAAAGGGCCACCCCCGCGAUGGCAAAAGAAAUGUUUGGAGAACUCAAAUUCAAGUAUUAAUCUCAGCAUAAACACAUCAAAAAAAGUUUUAAGUUCGAGCAGCAUAUUUGGAAAGUCUCCGAUAAAAAAAAAUGAUGGCAGAACCAAGAAGACUCCCUCCAAAGGCUCUAGGAAAUCUCCAAGUAAAAUUUUGUCUCGUCGCACUCCAGCUAAAACACCUAAUGGUGGUGACAGGUUCAUUCCUUCAAGAGCCACGACUAAUUUUGAUAUAAGUCAUCAUAAGAUUCUUCAGCAACAGAAUGCUGACCCAGACAAAGAUAAGUUUGACGACAUAAGUCCUACAAAGCGGGAAAUGCAGCGUCUCAUAGGAGAAAAUCUUCAUGGUGGUGAUAUAGAUAAUAUGAGAGUUUUAUCUUAUCGUGUUAAAGCCCCAGCAGCUCCAGAUGGCUAUCAGAAUCCACUUAAAGUUUUGUAUAGCCAAACCAAAACACCAGCUAGUGUUAAAGCUUCGACGAGAUAUAUACCACAAGCUCCAGAUAGAAUAUUGGACGCGCCCGAAAUCAUCGAUGAUUAUUAUUUAAAUUUAGUGGACUGGUCAAACAGCAAUAUCUUAGCCGUUGCGCUAGGUGCCAAUGUAUAUUUGUGGAAUGCUGAAACUGGAUCCAUUCAGCAAUUAUUUGAAUUGGACUCGAACGAUUACGUGUGCUCUGUUUCAUGGAUCCAGGAAGGUCCUCAUUUGGCAAUAGGUACCACAUUAGGAAACACAGAACUAUGGGACUGUAGUGAAAUGAAGAGAGUACGUGUGAUGAAUGGGCACACGGCUAGGGUCGGUUCUUUGUCUUGGAAUUCUCAUGUAUUAUCGAGUGGAUGCAGAUUAGGCAAGAUAGUGCAUCACGAUGUCAGACAACGAAAUCACUUGAUUUCCACAUUAAACGCACACAGUCAAGAGAUAUGUGGCUUAAAAUGGUCGAACGAUGGGAAAUAUUUGGCUAGUGGUGGCAACGAUAAUAUGCUAUUAAUAUGGGCCUCGAUCGCUGGGCAGAAUCAUACUCAAACUCAGCCCGUUUAUACUAUAAAUCAACAUAACGCUGCCGUGAAAGCGCUUGCUUGGUGUCCCUGGCAGAACAACGUACUUGCGAGCGGCGGUGGCACUGCUGACCGGACUAUUAGAUUUUGGAAUUGCAACACAGGUGCUUGUUUGAAUAAUAUAGAUACAAGAUCUCAGGUCUGCUCUUUGUUGUGGUCGACAAAUUAUAAAGAAAUUAUCUCUGGACACGGCUACGCGCAAAAUCAACUGACGAUCUGGAAGUACCCAGCGAUGACGAAGGUAGCAGAACUCACAGGACACACCAGUCGCGUUUUGCACUUGGCGAUGUCACCGGAUGGAACUACAGUACUCAGUGCCGGCGCCGAUGAGACAUUAAGGCUGUGGAAAUGUUUCCAAAUGGAUCAACAGAAAAAGAAGGAUUACAGCGAGAUAAAAUCAGUUGCGUCUAGACUUAAACAAUCAAUUAGAUAAAAUGAAUCCGUCUCACUAAACGAUUGUGUCAAUAUUUAAUUUCAUUAUUUGACACAUAUGUAAUCGGCAUAUAUGCAUAAUGAGCGAACAACAUCGAUGUUGCACUAAUCCACUGACAUGUUCGAAAUUGUAUACGAGAUGCAUAUACCAGUUAGAAAUUCAGGAUACUAAUAUUAAGUACACUCGGUAAAUAGACUGGGCGCAACAAGUUCUAUGUAUAGAAUUGUUGUCUCUAUAGAAUAAUAAUUAUAAAUGUAACAACGAGGAAGAAUAAACCUUUUUUUGUACGUAAAUACAAAA